GGCCCGCUCAGCUGCUGAGUGUGCAAGGCUGCUGGGCAAAUGGAGUGGCUCGGGUCCAGGGGGCCCAGCCCUAUAAAAACACAGGCGAGGGUCUCUCCCCCGACAUUGAUUAUACUGGAUCUGUCCCACCUCAGUACCGUCUAGAGUAACCCCCGAGGGAGAAGCAGCAGCCAUGAACACUCAACAGAUGGAGCAGAUGGGCCAGUUUAAGAUCACAGUCUGGGAGGAAGAGAACUUCCAGGGAAAGCGCUGUGAGUUCAUGCUGGAGUGCCAGAACAUCAUGGAGAGGGGCUUCAACAAGAUCCGCUCCAUCAAGGUGGAGAAUGGACCCUGGGUGGGUUAUGAGUACCCAGAGUUCCAGGGACAGCAGUUCAUCCUGGAGAAGGGAGACUAUCCUCGCUAUGAGGCCUGGAGCGGAAAUAGCAGCUACAGAACCGAGCACCUGCUUUCCUUCAGACCCAUCAAGUGUGCUAACCACAGUGACAGCAAGGUGACCAUGUAUGAGUGUGAGGACUUCCAGGGCCGUAAGUUUGAGCUGUGCGAUGACUACCCAUCCCUACAGGCCAUGGGCUGGUGCAGCAAGGAGGUGCCCUCUAUCAAAGUCAACUCAGGAGCCUGGGUUGCCUACCAGUUCCCUGGUUACCGUGGCUACCAGUACAUCCUGGAGAGAGACAGACACCAAGGCGAAUACAGAAACUACAAUGAGUACAGCACCCAGGCUCACACCAACCAGGUGCAGUCCAUUCGUAGGAUCCAGCACUAAGCCUCCACACUGCCGGCCUGACCCCACCUGAAAAAGAAAGAAAAAACCCCUCCCCAUAAUCGCUCUCUCGACUUGAACCCUGGACAGAUCGUUGUCACAGAACAGUAGAUGGACAAACUCUUUCUAUCACUCUGUGGCUCUGCAUGUAUGGAUAUCUAAGUACCUACUUCUACUAUCAUGCUGAAGCAUGUUCUUGAAAUAGGAAAUAAAGGCUUUUCUUCAAAACUAGA